CUCUCCUCUCUCACCCUUUCAAUCGCUUCCCCACCGGUGCAAUCCGACAACGAUUCAUCUAUUCCGCUCUUCUCUUCAAAAUUUCACUAGAAUCCAUCUCCUUCCUCUUCUCGCCUUUGCUUUUCUCCUGUGCGCAGCGGACUGCUGAAAGCUUGCCCCGUUCUUUCGCCUGCUGUCUGGACUGUCCUAUCGUCACUAACGACAUCACACUACUUCUUAUAACCCUCCUACUACCCUUGGCUUCCAUCUUUCAUUUCUCACUACUUGAGCGCUACCAUCACCCCGCUCUUCCAGCCCCCCCAUCCCAUCACUCCCUAACCCCACUGCCUGGCCAAACAUCGGAUUCAUUACGCUUCUGGCUCUGGGAUACAUUCGCUCCAGCUCUGCGCUCCGGACCAAACCAUCAUUUUAACAGCUCUGACCUCUGCACUUCGAGCGCCGAGCGCAUCUCUGUGGCUGGGAUCGAAAAAAAAAAGGUCUGUAUACCGCACCCCGAAUCUGCUUUGCCCUUAUCAUCACUUGUCCCAUCUUGUCCCAUCUCUCGUUUGGCAUCAUCGUCUAUUCAGUGCUUUCGCCGAUGUGUUCGUCAGUCGCUGGCACAUUUGGCGGUUCAAACGGUGUUGAAAAUCAGCAAGUUGUGGAUCGCUUUUUCUCCACUUGUGGCUAUUCCCCCCCCCCCCGUCCCCACAUUUAAAAUGUUUUUCUUUUAUGCACCACAAAUAGUUCUGUCCGCUCAUUCGUUCAUUUAUAUACUGACUGUUUGCACCCGGACCAUCUAUAGACAUCGCUUCAUUGAUUCUCCUAUCUACCCAACACUUUCAGGUUCGCUACUAUCUGGGCGGCCCUACGAGUCCAUUUCGGCCUCUCACCUUGCCGCUGUGAGCCUCUCGGAUUCAACGGAACGCAAUGAAUGUCAAUGCUCUUUUGUCAGAGGCUGCUCCAACAAAUAUGAAUAACCGUACAUACGAAUACUCGGCGACAUCAACGCCUUAUCACAAUAACGGCUCAAUAAUGACGCCACAGUCGCUUUCGCCGAGCACUGAGUGCAAGAAUGUUCACUUCAGGUUCUGCAACUCGGAGCCGAAGACUCUUCACAUCUAUCCACAUGAUACUACGGAUUCCAUUACAACCACUGUCAAGAAUAUGUUUGGCAUAAAACUACAAGACGAAUGUGGCUUGUCAUUUCAAGACCCGGAGGGGAGAUAUAUGAUCCUGAGGCAUGAGAACUUUAGCGAUGAUAUGACGGUCGAUAUAAGGGUCGAAGAGAAUCCUGCCUCAUAUCCACAGUAUAAUCUCCGACACCCACAGAUCAUGUCUUAUACUGGACCUGGGCCACGAGGCUCCUUCUCUGGUGGAAGGAGCGUAUCCCCUAGCGCUGCACGAGGGAGGAGAAGCGCCAGUGCGGGUGGGCGCCCCAGGGGAAUGAAGCGCCAAGCAUCUCACCGAGGGGAAGAGGAGCAUUAUGAUGAGCGCUUCCCACAAGGAUAUUAUCUACAACAGCCCCCCCAACAGUUCUUGCCAGAGGAAGAUGAGGAAUCGGAAUCGCGAAGCAGGAUUGAACCGGUGGCAAGUGCAGAUAUCAGUUUGGACAAUAUUGUUGAGGGUUCAAGGAGGAAACGACCAAAAUUCUCGUCUGAUGAACUGCCACUGUUCCCGCCUCCGGCCCUUCCUAGACAAGACGGUUCCACAUCGUCAUCAGCCAGUCCUUCGCACCCUGCACCCCAAGUGACCACUCCUUAUGGUAAUCGAAAUAUCAGCUAUCCACACCCCACACCGCCAUCCACAUAUGGGUUCAGUGUUUCAAAUGGUGGCCAACCUGCAGGCGCUUUUGGGCAGGCUCGGACCAAUGGGUCCACCAUUCCUACACCCGCUCCUACCGUCGCAUCUUGCAUUUCAGAUGAAGACGUUGCGCUACAACUGAUGCGCUUAGGGGAACUACCGAGUGGUUCGGCGACUAUAUCUACCCUUGAUGAGACCGCACGUGAGGAAGAUAGCUUUUCAUCAGAGUGUGGUGAAUUUGGCGAUGAUGGAAGAAGUGAUACGGCUGAAUUGCCCGAUAUGCCUCCUGGGGGUCCUGACGAGGGGCCAGGCAGUCCCAUCAUCUACCCGAGGAAUCACAAAAAGUACAAAAGUUUGGAUGAGAUAUUGCCCAGUUUUGAUUCCACCCCAUUGCCACUGCCGGCGCCGCUCCCACAAUAUCCCAAGGGCACGGUGAAAGCGGUCAAACGACAGCAGCCAACGCUAUCAAGCAAGCCAAAGUCGAAGCCGAAGCCACGGUCGGAACACCACUGGCCUAUCUCUCCAGCCUCACCACCGGCCAGUCGGAAGCCAUCCGUGGCAUCCGUAGCAAGCAGCAAAGCGCGCUCAAACAUCAUGACUAGCACCAACCCAGUGGCAAACGUCCACACACCAAUGGUCCUGCUCGGUCAGCAGACGGCAACACCCGUGGAUGAGAACAAGCUGCACACGCAGUACUUCCACAACGACAAUAAUAACAAGCUGGGGGUUGAAGAGCCGAUUGUCAAGCCCCGGUGCCAGAGGUGCAGGAAGAGUAAGAAGGGUUGUGACCGACAGCGCCCGUGCCAGCGGUGCAAGGAUGCCGGUAUCCCCGCCGGCGAGUGUAUAUCGGAGGACGAGGCUGGGACGCGGAGAGGUCGGCAGGCUGCAGCGGCUGCGGCGAAGAAGGCUGCGGGAGGUGGUCUGGCGGGAUUGAAUAAGAAUAAGGCUAAGGGGAAGAGAAAGAGGGUUUGAUCUCCCAUCACUCACUCACUACUCUUGCCUCGUAUCAUGGCAGCCUAGGAGAUGAUGGUUGGCUGUCGUUAUGGGAAGAAAUCAAGAGGCUCCUUUAUACACUUAACCCACACCCUGUCUAUCUAUCCACCUGUCCAUUUUGCUCGAUCAGCUUCAGUUCACUCACACACUCUCUCCCGAAAAAAGGACCCCCUCGCUACCUACCUUUCUACCUGUCUGUCUCCUGUUUGCUGGUCGGCUGUUAUCCAUAUGUUAACUUUAACUCCUUUUUACCUUUGUUUCCUCGAAUCGCCAAAAAAAAAGGUUUCCUUCUCCUAUUCUGUCUCGGUAUGGGUUUGUCUUAUCCUUUCUUUCACCUUCCUGUUCUUACCAUCUUUUGCUUUCUCUCUCUCUUCUCUAUCGUAUCGGCUGGGAUGGGUGGGUUGGUUUUUAUCAUUUCCUCAUUUCCUCUUCCUCUGCAACAACAAAAACCUUUCUUUCCACUUUUCUCUUUCUUCAAAAAUUCAAUUCAACUCAUUCCAAUUCGAUUCCUCAGCAAUUUUUUGUAGCCAGAGUCCAUCUAUUUAGUCAUUUUUUAUUCUUUAUUUAUAUUUUGCUUUUGCAACCCA